UGUGUGUGUGUGAAAUUGCAAUUUUAUUCGAGAAAAUUAAAUAUUAACUAAUUAAUGUGUAUAGUAUAUUUGCAGAUAGGCUUUUGCAAUGUACCGCCUUCAUUCAUUUAACUUUUCAAUUAUUCCAUUGAUUCGAUUCACGAGGAUAAUGAUUCGACGAUUAAUUCUAUAUUUAUAAAAGGAAAGAGACGGUCAGUUGCUUGUGAAACGCGCUAUUUCUCGUCAACGACUUUCACAUUUGAGAUACUCUAUACUCAGCGAUGGAUCAAGGUCUCCCUUCCUUUUAUGCACAAGGCCCCGGAUGUGGAUCCAUAGCGUACUAUCCAACAAACGGUCCUCGAGCAGAGAGGACGCGGUGAUUCAGUCGACGAGAAGACGUUGCGUCGUGAAGAUCAACAGGUGCGAACGAACGUUCAUCGUCGGAGAACAACCAUGGGGAACAUUUACGUCUGCAGCCUGCUCGUCGUAUUCGCGGCGCUUCUCGUCGCGGUGCAAUGCGGCGAUAUAAUGCGCAAGAGCAUCGUCUUCGACAAGAAUACUCCGGAUGUGUUUUACUGUCCGCAACACAAACCGAUCGGCUUCGAGAAGAUGCUGGUCAAGGCGAGACCGCUCUCUAGGCUUUGCCAGUUUGAAGGUCGCCCGAUACCAGAAGAUUACAAGAGUGAUUGCUAUAACGACGUGGACGAAACUGAGUACGCCUGCAAGGAGAAGUAUAGAAUUAUGAAGCGAUUCAGUAAUCCGGAUGGGGAUGCAAAAGCCAUUGACAACGACUACGACGAGAAAUAGAAAAACGAUGAGAAUGAUGUUGCACGACCGCGAUCCACGCAAAUCAUUAAACUCAAAUAAAAUAAAAGCCACAUUACUAAUGUUCGGGGCUGCUGCAUCAUCGAGAGAAAGGACAGCUUUCAACAUUUAUUAUAAAAUAAACUUAAUUUAGCAAUAAAUUUACAUAUAGUAUAAAAUAAUAUUUACCACGACAUAGAUAAAUUCAUUGUUGUUGUGUAAAUCGAUUAUCCAUUUCUUUAUAUUAUAUAAUAAUUAAUAUAUAUUAUUUGUAUUACAUUUUUUGUUGUACACAUAUAUGCUUCUAACGAGUAUAUCAAUAAUCAAUAAAUUAUGCCACAUGUAAUACUCAAAAUGAAGAAGUGGAUAAUAAAGAAAUAAUUAAUAUGUGAGCGAAAUAAAUGUAUCACAAAA